UGUUUAUGAAUAGCGAGUGUGGCAUGAAAAAUUGAAACAUGGUAAAUGAAUGGAAUAAUUCAUAAUUCUCCCGCCGUCCGGCGGGAAGGGAUGUAAAACCGGAAAAGAAUUGAAAGUGACAAAAGUUUCCAGGCCCCUUGACGUAAACACAAACAACAGUGUACCAUGUGCAAGAACACAGAAUGGUAAUACAUGUGUGGUUGUACCAUUUUUCAGAAUUUAACUGAUCAAAAAGUUGUUGGUUUAUUGUAAACAGGACAACGACAAUGGCUAAACGGAAAAAGAAAAGCAGGCCGAAAGGUCAAAACGAAAAGCAAGAAGAGGCUGCAAAAAUGCUCCAAAGACAUUUGUCAUGCAUCGUGGAGAAGUUGGCAAAUCCAUUCUUCAAUUGGAAAUGGAUUUGAGGCAUGUUAUGGAACCAAACACUGCUCUUAAUCUCAGGGUGCGAAAGAACAAUGUAUUGAAAGAUUUUGUGAACAUUGCUGGACCACUAGGAAUCACCCAUUUUAUAAUCUUUUCACAAACAAAAAUUGGCUCAUAUGUGCGCAUCACAAGGCUUCCCAGAGGUCCAACGUUACAUUUCAAAAUUCACAAGUUUUCACUUGCGAAGGAUGUUGUCUCAAUUUUGAAGCGACCAAAAACAUAUGGAACUCAAUACAAGCAUUCUCCUUUGAUGGUCUUAAACAACUUUGAUCAGUCAGCAUUGCCUGGGAAGCUGAUGACAUCAAUGUUUCAAAAUCUUUUCCCAUCAAUAAACAUUGAAAAGAUAAAAUUGGCUGAAAUUCGACGCUGUGUGUUAAUUAACUAUGACAAAGAAAAUGGCAUGAUUGAUUUUCGACACUAUCAGAUUGAUAUUUCCCCCAUUGGCAUGAGCAAAGGAGUAAGAAAAUUGUUGCAAUCCAAAGUUCCAAACAUGGGCAAGCUUUCCGACGUUAGUGAAUAUAUUGAAAGAGCGGCAGGAGGGUAUGGGUCGGAAAGUGAAGCAGAAGACCCUAUAGACAAUCAUGUGACACUACCACAAGACCUUCCGGGACGAGGAAACAUCAAGUCAGAAAAAAGUUCUGUGAAACUGACUGAGCUUGGUCCACAAAUGUCCCUUCAACUUAUGAAGAUUGAAGAUGGUCUUUGUACUGGAGAAGUUUUGUUUCAUGAAUUUGUUCAAAAAACCAAAGAAGAAGUGGAGUCUUUGAAAAAGCAGCGUGUUGCCAAACGAAAACUAAAAGAACAACGAAGGAAGGAGCAAGAAGAAAAUGUGAAAAGAAAACAAAAAGAAAAAGAGCUAAAUAAAAAACGUAGCAUUGCUGGACAGAUGAAAAAGAUAAAAAUGGAAAAAGAGAACAAGGAACAUGAUGGUGAAGUAAAACAAGAUGAAGACAAUGAAGAUGAUGAAAAAAGUGAUAUUAGUGUGGAAAGUUGUAAUGAAGAAAUAAAGUGGUAUAUGGAAGAAGUGGGAGAAGAACCAGAUGAAGAUCUUUUUUCUGGUAAAGCUCACGCUAUAAAGUCGAAUAAAAGGAAGCAUAAGGUCAGAACAAAACCAGAUGUCAUCAGCAAGAAGCGAGUGAAAUUAGACACAAUGUCAAAGACAAGAAAACCACUGGAUAGAAGAAAAAAGAAAAAAAACCAGCGUACUUAAUAGCUAAAAAACAGACUUAUCAUCUCAAUCUCAAACUUGAUAAACAGAAAUCUUUCACAGUGACCAGAAAUUUUACAUUGUCAUGCCGUGAGUCUAUGCCACUUUAAAACCAUAUAUGUUUAAAAACAUGAACUUAUACAUCAAUACAUAUCAAUGGCUGAAGUGAAUUUACAAAAAAAGCAAAUCCUACAUUCAAAGUCAUGCAUGGCUUGUUAUUCCCAUUAUAUAUAUUUGUCAAUAGUUAAAUCACUUUCAAUGGUUACAUAAGUGCAUUGGUAGUACAAAUGUGAUCAAUUUGUGAAUAAAUAUAUGACUCAUUUUCAAGUGCAUGUUUGCAAAAUUAGAAAAAAUGCAAGAACAGCCCAAGUUUGAAAUAAAUUUGUUAACUUAAUUAUGCAAUCCUUUGGUAAUGAUCUAUAUAUGUAUAAUUCAUAUGCAUUAUCCUUAUUGUAUGGUUUGAGAAGAUUAUAAGCUAAAACCAUCAAUGAUA